AUGGCAGCAGCAUUGUUCUGCCUAAAUAUCGAACAUAACCCGACGUGGAACGUAUCGGCGCUUAAGAUAUCAUUUUAUGUUGCAAAACUUGCUAAAUGUUGCAAAAACUUGCAAGCUAAAACGGUCCUAUGCGAACAAAUAGCAAUUGCCUCGGAGAACCAUUCAAAAUAUGAUUGCUUUGUCAUGGUGCUGAUGAGCCAUGGUGGGCAAGAUUUUAUCUAUGGAGUUGACGACAAGAUCUAUCUCGAAGACCCUCUCUUGCCCUUAAGCGAAAAUAAAUGCAAAACUUUGAUUGGCAAGUCAAAACUUUUCUUCAUCCAGGUGGCCUUUAAUAAAAAGAAACAAAUCCCUACCUUCAUCUCCAUGCUCACCAAACGUCUUUAUUUCUGUUGCACGCUGUACAAAGACAGAACCAACCUACCAGUUGAGAUCAGUGUCUGUCUCCUGGCUGGGCUCGUCCUCGUUGUCGUUGUUCUCUACGCCAGAGUAUAUGCCGAGGUAGUCCUAUGUAGGAAGCGUAGCUUUAUGCUCUCAAAAUUUUCGACCAAAAGUUCUGACUCAGGCAAAAUAAUGACAUCAUCGUCGUCAUUUCAAAAACAACAACAACAACAACUUCGAAUGAACGUGGACAAUACUGACAAGCCACCCAAUGAAGUAGUUUGUAGCAACGACAGCAAAAGAGUUUUCAACAAAAAAGAGUUCAUAGGACUUCCAAAACGACAAAAAAAAUUCUCGGCGGGACAGCAAGUUCAGUUUCAACUGACGAAGCAUCUACCUCAGCGCCACUACGAAGCCUCGUCAGAAAGCAACUACAAAGCGUUCCUCACCACCUUGAUUCUCGCAGGAGCUCUCCUCCUCUUCUGGCUGCCCUACCUCAUCAUCAGCUCCAUCAACACCAACUACGCCACAGAAUUUUUAUUCAAAUUGAAAUUUUUCGUCUUAGACAUCCUGCCGAUGUUGACGUACUUAAGUGACCCAAUCAUAUACGGCGUUCGUAUCAGGAGCGUGCGCCUCAGCUACAGGAGAGUGUAUGGACCAGUUAUGAUGAAAAUAUGCUGUGGGUGGAGAUUGUUCUGCUGCUGCAACAAAAAAGACGGCAGAAGAAAAUACGUCUCCCCUAAAAACGAACUCAAUAUGGUAAACGCUAACGAAAUGGCGAGAAAUGGGAAUGAAAUAAGCCUGAGGAUGACCAGCAUGCAAGAUCUCAGUGCUGGCCAGUGA